UGUAGUUCAACAAGCCGUCCCGCAGCAGGGCAAGUGCGGAGUUCAACAUCAACACUUUCCACCUUCCACCUUCCACCUUCCACCUUCCACCUUCCACCUUAUUCCGGUCGGUACAUACUUUGCCUCGUGCCCGUCUCUGUGGCCGAGCGAGCGAACGAGCGAGCGAGCGAGCGAGCGAGAGCGAGAAACCGAGAGAGAGAGAGAGAGAGAGAGAGAGAGAGAGAGAGAGAGAGAGAGAGAGAGAGAGAGAGAGAGAGAGCGCUGCGGUGCUUCGAGAAUGGCGUCGCCAUCGGGAACGUGCAGGCGGUUUCUUCUCCCGGCUCUUUUCGUAAUCGCACUUGUCCUUGUAUUGCUCGCGCCGGCGGAAGGUCAGACCGGAGGAGGAGAGCUUUACAACGAGAACCCUGGCGCUACACAAAUUCCUCCGAUUUCGGAUCCUUCAGCUGUUCAUAAUCAAACGACAGAUUGUUUUGCCACUGGAGGCUGCGGUGGUGGGAGCGGUAGCGGCGGCGGUAGUGGAAGUGGCGGUGGGGGCAGCGGCGGAAGGAGUGGCAAUGGAGAAGGGGGCUCUGGCGGCGAUAGCAGCGGCAGCGGCGGAGACAGCGGGAGCGGGAGCGGUGAUAGCGGGGGCAGUGGCAGCGGAAGCGGCGGGGGAGGCGGAGCUGGAGAUGAUGGCGGUAGUGGUGGCGAUGGCGGCGGUGUCGUUAUUGGUGGCGGUGGAGCAGGCAGCGGCGGGCAGGGCGGCGGUUCCGGAAACGUUGACAACGGCGGCGGAUCCGAAACCAUCGGUCCGGGAACUUUCAUCGAGACGACGGGGAAGCUUAUCGAGUGUUUCCAAGGCUUCGCUUAUCAGACAAGAUUGGAUCAGUAUAAGUGGGUUAGCGAAAUUGGCGAGCGCUUUUACCUGAAACCGUGUCGAAAAUACUGUUUGAAGAUUGUGUUCAAUGGUCAAGAUCUUGCUGGCUGGAAUAACACGAACAAUUUUUAUGUGUCGACGUGCCGAGACUCGAAAGUACCAUAUGAAUGUGGACAGAACGUCCGAGCAACCGAGUUUAUUAACACUUACAACAUGGCUGUGAAGAGGACGGUCAUUCCGAAGUAUUUGUACCAGGCAUAUUACGAUUACGCCCGCUCUAACGACCCCGUGGAUGGGAGGGUGCAAUGCUGUGACUCGCGAUACUGCAAUGGUGCUGGAAGGCUCGUUGGGGCAAGGUCAGCUGUUCUUGGCGUACUUAUUGCAUUGUUGACUGUGCUCCUUCUCCUGUGAACAAGUGUGCGCUAACCGGCGUCGGCAGCGCAGCCACGUGCUCAUUCGUCCGAUGGUAAUGGGCAUUGGCUGGAUUCUAUUGCAAGGCAGUUUCCCCUUUUCCUCUCAGAAGAUCUUCCAUUAUGCCGUGCUUGUGGGUGGAUCUGACGCCCAAUGGGCUUACAGGCCAAACGGAUUUGCGGCUUGCCAGCAUCCUGAUGGUUUAUCACCGUAAAGUGGAGACGUGUACAAGGUUUUCUAUCCUCGGCAAUCGGGCGCGGGUACUCCCUAGAUGGUGCAAGUGUCAGAUAGCUGAGAGCACGGACUGCCUUAGACCUUCAACUGAUGACAGCAGCAGGCAGAUAGCAGGUCUGCUGGACGAGAGUCUCACGUUUCUUCUGUUUGAAAAUGUGCUGCACUGACGAAGAGUGGGACAAUGUAGAUGGAGGGAAUGGGUGAGGUCAUUUAGUGUAUGUGAGAACCCCUGGCAAUUUCGACCUGGAGUUUUGCAGACGGUUGCAGCAAUGGACAAAUGCGCAGGGGAGCCUGAACUGGAGGAACAUCAAGUGGUUUGUUACUCAGCUGAUGGUUGCGGCCUGCUCUCUUCGUUCGCUUGGUGAUUGUGCACGCUCUUUGAGUGAGACUCAGUCGUUGCUUCAAUCCUAGUUGGUGUGCAUCUGUUCACUUUUCGCAUGCCCAGAUAGCGCCCAUUCCUUUCUGUAGAAUGUCGUCAAUCGCGUCUGUUGGGAGUUCUUUUUCUUUGGGAACGUCUCAGCGUGUGUUCGUUUGCAGCCAGCUGUCGAUGAGUUACUCCCCUUUCGGUCGAGCUGCGAGAGUGCGAUUUGGAUCCGAUCGAGUUCGUACUGCAAGAACUCUCGACUUUCCUUCUGUCAAAUAUUUAUGCUGGCCGAAUCCUUUCUCGAAUUGUUUCAUCUUUUUUGGUAGUGUGCAUAAGCCGUUUCGUCAUCCUUGGAGGUUUUGCAUCUGCGACAAUUGGCUUUACGCUUGUUCCGAACCCGGUUUCUGCUUUCGUUUCGUGUCACUGAGUGCUGUAUUUUUCUCAUGUUGUUGAAGCUGUGUCUCCUAUCCCGUGCUGCAUUCGUGAUGCCAGUCCGUACUCAUUAGUAUCGGCAGCACAGUAGCUUUAGGGAGCACAUUAGCUGGGUGCAGUAUGCACGUCCACACACUCGGUCACUGCUGGCGAGUGAUGCCUUGACACGAUUUUCAUGGAACUAAUUGCGAUGAAUACACACAUCCAUGGAUUGGUAUCCGGUAUCGUGUCUGUGUAUGCGAUCCAACUCGUACUUGGAAAAUAGGCGGCUGUAGAGAAAUCAGUCCGUUCCUUUGCGUUAGUUCCUGGUCGACUUGGUGUGGAUUAUCGUUUUGCCUUUAUUCUAUAUUACGGGGAACUUGUCAAUCUGUGGCUGACAAGUGGGCAAUCUGUGACUUUAUUCUAAGUUCAAACGUCGAACGAAAUAUGGGCACAGGACAAGCGGGAAGGGUUGGGACCGAGGAGGACGGCAGCAAGUGACGUCACAAAUUGUACAAACAGUAUGUCGUUUGCUAUGAUGGGUCUCCUACAUGUGAAAACUGUGAAGUUGAUUGCUCUUCAGUUCCCCUACUACGGCGGCUCUUAAGGAGGGAAUUGCCUUUGAGCGUUUCAGAUGGAUAUGCAAAGCCUGUGAGAGUUGUUGAGUUGUCCAGGAUGUUCAUUUGUGCUGUGUGACAACGGUCUCCAAUAAUGAAUGAAUGUCCUGGCUGGUGUUGUGGAGUUAUCGAGGAGAGGUCGUAACUUGCCUUUUGAGGGUUGAAGCUAGGUAGGCCUAGCUAGCAUUUAAAGUGUGCAAGUUAGGAGGCUGCUCUCUCUGGUGGUGUGUUGGUUCUUGCUUUGGCAUGUUCGUCUGUGCUUUGUCAUGAAGGUUUCCGAUCUUGAGCGCCUUCAGCUUGCCGGUGUUAUGGAGCUGUUGACGAGAGGCCAUAAAUCGACUUUCACGAGUGCAAGUUAGGAGGCGGCUCUCUCCCGUGGCAUGCCAAUUUGUCCGUUGUCACAAAGGUUGCUGAUAAUGAACGCCUUGGCUGGUGUCCAAACUCAAGGUAUUGCCACAGACAGGGCCGUCUAUGUGUAGCUAUAGCGCAAGUUAGGAAUUCUCCCGUCUCUGUGGAAAUGAAGAACCUCAAGGCAAUUCCACUUCCUUGCCUCGCCAGCGCUUCCGAAGAGCAACAGAGAGCAGUCUCUCUUUGACAUUUGUGUUUGUGUGACAAGGGUGUGUUUGUGCGAGGGAGGGAGAUGGUUUAGGGGUAGGUGGGGCUGUAGGGAGUAGAGAAGGCAAGAGUGCGUGGCACGUGCAGAGGGAGAGGGCAGUAGCACCCAGUAGACGCAUCAAAGUAGAUGAAAUUGACGGAAGUUGAGGAGACGGUGGAAAGAUGGUAGGUGAUGCGGUGCGUCAGGAAUUGAAGAUAAAAAGGCGAAGGGAAUCACAAUGUGAUCAUUGUGAAGACAUGAAUGCAGGACAAUGUGUUUCUUUAAGAUUGCGUGGGAGAAGUUUAUCCUCGUUUUUGAAGUCUUGACGCUUUUGUUUAGAAGUCGAGACCAAUGAUGUCGCUUUCAUGCUUUUGUUUUCUUCAUAGAAAUCACCUGAUGAAAAGCAGCAAAUCGAUGACCGGACCAUUUUAACACUUUUGUUUAGAAGUAGAGACCAAUCGUGUCGCUUUCAUGCUUUUGUUAUCUUCAUAGAAAUUACCUUAUGAAAAGCAGCAAAUCGAUGGCCUGACCAUUUUAACAUGACAAAUCCCCUCCCUCCUUCCAUUCCCUCCUCUCUCAGGCAAACCAUUCGACAAUUUGAAGCCCUGGACAUUUCUUAAAUUUGGGGGGUGAAAUAACCAUUCGUUCUGAUUGUCCAGGGAUU